CGCUGAAUAUAAUCCCACAAAGUCACAAUAGCAUUAUUGCGCCUGAUAUACUUCCCGGUGAAAUGGCGUCUUUAUAUUCUGCGCCGGCCGAGCGUUCGCCAUUCCUGCACUUGCCCGUCGAGCUUCGGCGACAAAUAUACCAAUACGUGCUGCCACACACCUCAACCUUCGACGUGCGCUUCCAGCGCGGCGAUGGCGGCGAGCCCGAGCGCAGCGAGUACAACCUAACCUACGUGCGCGAAGCGUCCAACAAUGGCGCCUGGAAGAUGCAAAAGACGUCUCCACGGUCGGACCGCGAAGUCGGCAACGAAAUCGUCUGGCGGCGGGGUUGCAUUGCGCUUCUAGCAACGAACCACCAGAUCCACGAGGAGUGCGUCGACAUGAUAUACGGGAACGGUAUCUUCGUCAUCGACGUCGCAUUCGACAGUAUAAAGUUCAAGCAGCGGUGGAGGACGGCGAAUAACCUCACGCCGAGUCGCUCGUACUUGUUCCUUGACCACUUCUCGCAGCGGAACUUGAUGAGGAUUAAGAAUUAUAUCAUAAACGUGGAGCAUGUUGACGAUUAUACGGGGAUGAUAAAAUAUAAUUGUGGAGGCCGGGGACUUACAGCCGGUAUUCGGGACAGAGUGCAGGAGUUGGUGGAUUUGCUGGCCGUCGUACCGUACUUGCACCGACUGCAAGUUCACCUGAUCGAUGGAGCUAUCAGCCGUGUCCGCUUUCCGAGCGGUCGAGUGCACCGUGUGCAAGACGAGCAGAAUUACUCCACAUCUCAAGCUGUCUUGGAUCCAUUCAAGAGGCUCUAUGGGGUGAGGAAAGCCGAAAUGACGGGCGUGAGCACUCCGUACGCACAGGUACUCGAGAGAAGCAUGACUGGCGCGGGAGGUGCUUCAUAAGCCUGAGAACGCUCUUGAAUGGGAGUGCUGUAAAUAAGCUCGACGUAAGCUUUUUGAGCCUCAUGCCGCCGAUAUGCUACGCCAAUCGCUGAGACCAAUAGCCCUAUUAUCGGCGCCUGCCUUGCAGCAUAGUAAAUACGACGAAUUGAAGAAGAAU